GGCAGCAGCGUGCCGAGCAGCUCACGGCGGCGCCCCGCACCCGCCGGCAGCGGCCGCGCCGGGACCGCCAGCUGAGCCGGAUCGCGGCGGGCGGCUCUCCCCUCUCGGCACCGACGCACCGAGCGACGCGUUCCCGUGCCCGUGUCCGGCGCCUUCCCCUCAGCAGGGCGGCGGGACCAUGGGCGCGAAGCAGAGCAGCCCCACCGCCGCCAACGGCCGCACCCGGGCGUACUCGGGCGGGGAUUUACCUUCCUCCAGCGGCGGCGGCGGCGCUAACGGGACCGGCGGGCGGGCGGCGGGCGGGCGCUACCCGCACCUGGCGGCGGCGCCGCACGGCGCUCCCGGCGGAUCGGCGGCGGCGGCGGGAGGCGCGGCGGGCUCUGCGCCCCGCAGCAGGUCCCUGGGAGGUGCCGGCGCCGCGGCGGCCCGCUCCGCGCAGUCCGCCUUCAACAUCCCCCACAGCAGCGGCCCCUACGGCUCGCAGGACUCGGUGAGCAGCACCCCGGAGGAAGGCGGCCGGGAGCGGCCCGCGGGGGGCGGCGGAUCGGCCGGCGGGCCCCGGCUGGUGAUCGGCUCGCUGCCCGCGCACCUCUCGCCGCACCUGUUCGGAGGAUUCAAGUGCCCUGUAUGUUCAAAAUUUGUAUCUUCUGAUGAAAUGGAUUUACAUCUCGUGAUGUGUUUGACAAAACCAAGGAUAACCUACAAUGAGGAUGUGCUGAGUAAAGAUACUGGGGAGUGUGCAAUAUGCCUGGAAGAGCUGCAGCAGGGAGAUACUAUAGCACGGCUGCCUUGCCUCUGCAUAUAUCAUAAAGGCUGCAUAGAUGAAUGGUUUGAAGUAAAUAGAUCUUGCCCUGAGCAUCCAUCAGAUUAAGGGAAGAUUCGUGGUCUUAGCUGCUUCCACUGGUCAGAAAACAUAGGAGAUCUGAGGUUCCCCUGCUGAACACAGCGUGCCUAGCCUGAGAAUAACUGUUCUUUGUGGCUGAAAAAGGCAAAGAUGGACAUUUACAUGGAAAAAGCAUUGUGGACACCACUUACUUGCCAGUAGUGCUCAGUAUACCAAACAUUCAUGCAAAGGACACACAGGGAUUUUGAAAAUGCUGCACAUUCUGUAACAAUCUACUCCCCCACAGACGCUAUUGACACUAUUUUGUAUUGAAGGCCAAAGUUCCUAAUUUCAGCCUAACUUCUGGUUCUGUGAAGAAGCGGGUUAUUGGACACGUUUCCUACUGCUUCAAGUGGAAGCUGAGACGUUCGAUACGUGCUAUCUGAGACCCUUGCAGGAGGGUGGCCCCAUCUUUGAGUGGGAACAUUUUCACCUUCUUGUUGGCUGAAGAAGAGUAAAUGGCAAACUUAAGUGUAAUCUAACAGCGUGACCUUAUUUACUGAAUUCACACCCUAUUUUAUGUUCUUCACUUUUACAGGAACAGAAAACAUAGACUUCUCUGCACAGGAAUACUAUAUGUCAAAAUUUUCUAAUUAAACCUUUGUCACAAUGCAGUCCAAAGAGUAAAUCUGAGACAGGUAACUAAUUUAUAUUGAUCCAAGCUAUAGGGAUUGUUGAAAUCUGCACAUUGUACUGCUAUUUAAGUAAUUAAAACUUCUCUUACACUGCUUGUGAGUAAAAACAAACAAACAAAAAAAAGCAGCAAAGCAAAAUCUUACAGCUAUGCAACUUUUUUUUAGUAGGAAAAAAAAGGAGAAUUACCAAUUUUAAGUGCUGCCAGUUAAGGUAAUUUGUUUAACGGGUAUUUUUUUAAAAAUGUUUCAGGUAAUUAUUUUAUUGUACUACUCUCAUCUCCAGGCUGCCUCCUGAGGUGGAAAUGAAUAACUGCAAAUGUGGGCACAGCAAGAGGGUUUUCAUUAAUGAGCAUGGGUGAGAUAACAUCGAGGUGGGAUUUGUGUUUAAUUUUUAAAAUACAAUUUUUAAUGUGCAAGUUUUUCUUUGUUUCCUUGUUUGAAUGUUUUUUUGAUGGCAGGAUUUGUAGUACUUUGCAAUCUAAAUAAUUGGUCUCUUCAUGUGGAGGCUAACAUUUGAAAGUGUGGUUUUCUUUUUUAAAAAGGCACCUGCAUUUGUUUAAUUUAUUAUUAUUUUACUGUAUUAUAUUGGUUUAACCAAGGCUCCAUGGAUCACCAGCUGUCUCCAGGGGGCACACCAAGUAAAACUUGUGGAUGAGUAUUAGUUUCCAUAAAGUAUCGCAGUUCCAAAAAGAGAAAGGGGAAGGAAAAAAAAAAGACAAACUGGAAGAGAUAUCAGGGCUUAGAAGGAUAACUUAUAUCAAGAAUCAAUCAUAGUAGUAGUAUCUAAAUUUCACAGUACAGGGAAGAGUUCAUGAAUAUUUAUUUGUGACAGCAGUUUUAGUGGGUUUCAAUAGUGAAAAUAAAUUGCACACUUCAGAGUUUUUUCUUGUACAUACAUAAUUCUGCUCGUUUGGUUUUUGUUUCAUACAUGUUUCUAUUGUUACUGUGAUUCAUAUCAAAAAGGGCAAAGGACAGGAGCUGCUAUAUGGGAGAACAAGUGCAGUGCAUGUUAGUAGACUCCCAUGUCAUGCUUGCAGAGCAAUGAUUUCCUGGAUAACAGUUUUCCCUGAAUUUUGCACUGUAAAAUGCCAUUGUUAUGCUGCAAAAAGAAAGAGUCCAAACUAGAUAGUUUUCUUAAUUGAUGAUGGUGUUUCUACGUUUUUGGGCUUCCAUCACCAGUUCAGCUGAACCUGUAACUAUGGGGCCCUGCUGUGUUCUGUUUUUCAGUGGGAGCAGAACCAUUUUGUCACGCUUUAGUUCUGAGGUGGUAUCACAUGUACAGUAGUUUCCUGCACGGUUUCCUUUUUAGCCAAGAAAUGUUGUGUUGCCUUGUAUUAUCACAGGGGGUGGGGAGUAGGAAGAAUUAUAGCACCUGUAAUGCUCACAGUGGUGUUGCCCGCAGGCCCACUUUUCCAGUGUUCUAAAUUCCUACUGUCUUCUGAAAUUGAAGAUGUUGCAUUUGCAUUGAUUUGGUGUUUGCUGUUGGCUUCAUGCCUGCAGAAACGUGAUGUGUAACGCAGGUAGGUUAGUGUUUGGGUGUUCUGUGCUCCAAGGUCGUAGAUGGUCUUUGGCUUGGGGAUUAAGUAGAUAGAUAUUAUAAACAUAAAUUUGUUUACAAUUUAAGCUUGAUUUUGGUAGUUCAUAUCUCUCGUUCAUUUAUUGCCAUUUUGAGCACUUGUAUUUUUUGCUUUCAGAUGCAAAUAGAUUGCUUAAAGACCCAACAGCUAGAACUGCUGUCCUAUGCUUAAGGUCAGUUUGAAAAGCAUGCCACUAACGUGGUUUUGCAGGGAAGGAGUCUGUUCCUGCUUCCGUCAGCACAGUAGAGCUGCAGUACUUCAGAUUGUUUGAGGAACCGAUAGGGGGGACAGCCUUGGAUGCUGGUUUUGCAUCUUUGGUAUCCGUAAAUCUCUUCUGAAAGCCUGUGAAAGGUUUUCUUCUAUCAAAAUGUGUAACAUAGACCAAGCCAAGAAUGACCUGGAAACAUGAGAUCAAUAUUUAACUCUGAAAAUGCAUGUGGAAAUUCACCUUUGGAAGUGUUCUCUCACCAGCUAUGUUGGUCAGUUGGAGAUGACCAUGCUGUAGACAUUGCUCAUUGUAGGCAACACCUUCAUUUUAACAACAACUUCACAGUGGUCCUGAAUCGUUGUGCUUCAGAAGGGAAAAAUAAACAUCAAACAAGUCUUGUCUCAACCAAGGAAUACUGCACUUGUCCACAAGAAGCAAUAACUUACAUUUUGGUGCGAUAUGCUUCUUUGCCUGUAAAUAUAUUAAAAUUUGCCAAGUCUGUGCUGUUUCAGAGUAUUUCAGUCAUCUGACCUAUAUCUUCCCUAAGUAAGUAAGGGUAUAAAAUAAUUCCCAUACUCAGGUCUGUCAUAAACAUGCCGACAUGCUGCUUGCCAGAGGGGAAGAGUAGACUCAACGCUGUCCUGAAAUGUGAGGUUUUUUGAGCUUGUAACAUACCUAUGUAUGUUGAGUAGCAAUUUGUAUUUUGAAGCUCUUAGUGGAGGAGGCUAUGAUUUGAGCUGUGUGUAGCUGUCCUCUGUACAAUGCCAAGAGAGCCAUGCUACUGUCGGCACGGGGCACUGAUUGUCCUGUCUCUUUUAAAUCGAUAUCUCUCUAAUAACAUUUUCCUUAGGAAGUAGUUAAGUGAAUUUUCUUUCAACAUGUACAUUAGACAUUGUGAGUUCAGUGCUGGGGGGGGAAAGAAAAACUUGAAGCACACCACAGAUUUGUGGUAUUCUGGGGAAGAAUAAAGUGUAAAACAUCC